UGAGCGGGGACCGCAGCCAUGGCCACGGCGAGGGGGUGCGCCAUGCUGCUGCUGCUGACGGCCGUGGUGACGCUCGUGGGCUCCGCGGUGGGCAACAAGGACCGGGAGCACCUGGUAGGGGCCCCGGAGGAGAUCCUCGACCCGGAGAAGGACGAGGGGCUGCAGGAGGCUCUGCGCUUCGCCGUGGCGGAGUACAACGAGGGCAACAACGACAGGUUCACCAGCAAGGUGGUGCGGAUCAUCAGCGCCCGCAGGCAGGUCGUGUCUGGGCUCAACUACACAGUGAAAGUUGAGAUUGCCCCAACAACUUGCCUAAAGCCACCAUCUAAUUUCCAGAGCUGCCCUGUCCAGCCAAGGUCUAAGCGCACCAUUUGCAACUUCACAGUGUACGUUGUUCCUUGGGAAGACCAAAUGCGACUAACGGAGCAUAGAUGCCACAAUGCCUAGAGUGGUUCCCACAGAGACCAGCAGCCAGUUGCUUAGAUUUAAAAGGGGGAAAAAAAGCAAUAACGCAAGCUGAGAUGGGCUUUAUCAGUGUAUGUUAGCUUAACUGCUUACAUAUGCUUGUGCUGUACAAGUUAAACUGUGCUUCUUUCCUUUCAGGCACAGUGUAAUCUCAACUUUUUCUUGUUUAUCAUUACAUUUUGGAAUGGCUGUUUUGGUCUUCCCAUGGCUUUCCUAAUAAAAUGACUGUGACAUCAUAAUUCUCCUUUAAAAAAAAACUUUGUAUCGAUCUUGGGUUACUACUGUAAACAUAAAAACUUAAUUAGUCA